AUGUGGCUCUCUCCUACUCACGCAGCUCAAGCUUGCCUUCCUCCCCUAGCUUCCCCCUCCCUAGUGACCUCCGCACUCUGCUCCGGCUGCUUCAGAUCCAGCAUCGGCGAGGCUGAUAUGGUGGCUGCGAGGCCAGACGGCGGCGAGAUCAGGUGGUCGAAGCUGGGAAUGUCACUUCUGCUCGCGAACAUCCAGGCCCUGGUGGCGUCCUCCGGCGAGCUGACGGCCGACCAGAUCGAACGCAACCUCUUGAGCCCUGAGUCCAUCAAGGAAGAGGUCGCGAAGCUCAGGUUUGCCUGCGCGGAGUGGGGCUUCUUUCAGCCUGUUCAAGAAAUGUCUGAACUGUUCAAGAAAGAGGCGGGCAGCAGCAACGGCGAGGGAUGGGGCAACAAAAGGCAGCAGUGGCGAGGGGCGGGGCUUGAUCAGGCGCCCGGUCGUCUCGCCCCUGGGCAGACUUGCGUGGCCCUGCCUACCAAAGCAGCCAGAGAGAGGAGCGGCGGCCGCGGGCACGAGGAAGCGGCCUGGGACCUGAGCAGCAGCAUGCACUCCUGGUCCAGGCGAUCGACACCCAGGAGCACACAUAGCUCGAGGAGGAUGACCUCAAGCGGAUCACGGCGGGAGGCUCUAGCGAUGCGUGGAGGGGAUCUUGGCAGGAGGGGAACACGCGGAGGGGAUCGUGGCUGGAGGGGCACACGGAGGUGGUCGUGGAGUGAGGGGAAAGCGCCGGCGCGGUUCCUCAGUGGUGGCGGAGCAGUUCCUGGACGGCGCACGUCCUCGCCGGCGCAGGUGAAGAAUCCUAUGACGGCAUCCUUGGCGAUGCGCAUAAUCGCGCAGGUGCAGGCGGGCGGCAGCGAUGUAAUCAGAGGUGUAGGUGGCGGGCGGCGGCAGAAUCAGAGGCGCAAGUGGGCUCGUGCUGAUGGACGGCGGCGAAAUCAGCCGGGCGGCGCCUGCCCAGGCGAUGCGCGGGGACGACGGAGGAAGAAGAUGGGGCCAGGAUCUAUUUGA